ACCCCUCGUCUUCUCCAAUCUGUACUCUCCUAGUUGAGAUCUCCCCCCUUUAACCCUACGCGGCUCGCCCACAUCGGCGCACGAUAGACGAAACCCCUCCUUGAAACCCUAGCGCCCACCUCCGACGCCGACGAUGGCAUCCCCCGCCGGGAGCCCCAACACCUCCGGGAACUACGACACACAGGCUCUCUUCAAGCCUCCCAACCCCGGCGCCGCCCCCCGGCCGCCUUUCUCACCUCCUUCCGCCUACCCCGCGCCGCCGUCAUCGUACCCCACGCCGCCGCUUCCCGGCGCCUUCUCCUAUCCCCCGGCCACCCCGCCAUUCCACCAUCACCCUUUCCUCCACUACCCGCAGGAGCAACUCCACCGGCCCCCGGCCAUCUACCCCCCCGCUGUCGCCUCUUCCCACCCCCCCAGUCCCAAUCCCAGCCCUAACCCUAGUCCUAGCCCCAACACCAAUCCCGGCGCUCGCCUCAUGGCGCUCCUGAAUCCUCCCGCUCAACUCGAAUCCGCCGUCUCGAUGCCGCCCCCUUCAUCCGCGCCAUCGGAGUUCCUGGCUCCUUCCACUGCCGCCACUGCCAUGCUUCACCCCAUCCCGUCGGCCCCGCCUGCAGCUCUGGUCCAGUCAGCUCCGGUGAGGAUGCCGAGCAACAAGUUGCCAAGGGGGCGGCUUCUUGGUGCCGGUGAACGGACAGUCUAUGAUGUGGAUUUGAGGCUGCCAGGAGAGACACAGCCGCCACAGCUUGAGGUCACGCCGAUUACCAAGUACAUCUCGGACCCAGGGCUUGUUUUGGGCCGCCAGAUCGCUGUCAACCGGAACUACAUAUGCUAUGGUCUUAAGCUCGGUGCUAUCAGGGUGCUCAAUAUCAACACAGCUCUGAGAUCAUUGCUCAAGGGGCAUUCUCAGAGGGUCACUGACAUGGCUUUCUUUGCUGAAGAUGUGCACUUAUUGGCCAGUGCAAGCAUUGAUGGAAGGGUAUUUGUCUGGAAGAUUGAUGAGGGGCCUGAUACAGAAAAUAAACCACAGAUAACAGGAAAAAUAGUAAUGGCUGUUCAGAUUGUAGGAGAGGGGGAGUCAUGUCAUCCACGAAUUUGUUGGCACUCUCACAAACAAGAAAUUUUGUUUGUUGGAAUUGGAUAUUGGGUACUGAAAAUUGACAUUAACAAAGUUGGAAGAGGAAAGGAAUUUUUGGCUGAGGAACCUAUUAAAUGUCAUGUUGAGAAGCUGAUUGAUGGAGUGCAAAUUAUUGGUAAACAUGAUGGAGAAGUGACGGAUUUGUCUAUAUCUCAAUGGAUGGUCACUCGCCUAGUGUCGGGAUCAAAGGAUGGAACGGUUAGAAUCUGGGAUGAUCGUAAAAUGGUGCCCCUUGCCAUGUUCAAGCCACAUGAUGGUCAUCCUGUUAACUCAGUGGCAUUUAUGACAUCACCCCACCGCCCUGAUCAUAUCAAUCUCAUUACAGCAGGACCUUUGAGUCGAGAAGUGAAAAUUUGGGCUUCUGCUACUGAAGAAGGUUGGCUAUUGCCUAGCGAUUCUGAAUCAUGGCAUUGUACUCAGACCUUGGAGUUAAAAAGUUCUUUGGAGCAUCGAACUGAAGAGGCAUUUUUCAAUCAAAUAGUUGUUUUGCCUCAAGCAAGCCUUAUUGUUAUUGCAAAUGCAAAGAAGAAUGCUAUUUAUGCUGUGCAUGUUGACUAUGGUCCAUAUCCUGCUUCUACGCACAUGGACUAUAUAGCAGACUUUACUGUUGCAAUGCCUAUUUUGAGUCUUACUGCAACACAUGAUUUUCUUCCUGAUGGAGAACAGGUGGUUCAAAUCUACUGCGUACAGACACAGGCUAUCCAACAAUAUGCAUUGGAUUUAAUUCAAUGUCUACCACCACCAACCACUAAUGUUGGGUUGGUAAAGGAUCCUUUAUCUCGUGUUUUUGAUACACCUAGUUUGGAAGGAGCAGGUGUCCCAGAGCCAUCUUGUGGACUUACUGAUAGCAGCCUCGACGGUGCAACUUCACAUGCUGUAGCUUCAGUUUCUUCUGAGGCCACCAGGACUAAUGAAUUGUCUGCCUCAAGUUUUGAAGUUCAGCCUAGUGCUCCUCCACUUAUGAAAGCAGAUGCUGAUGCAUUGCAGGUUGCACCAUCUUCUGUUCCCUUAAAUGUGGACUUUGCAGGAACAUUACCUGCCCCGAAGAGCCCUGAGAAAAUUGAGGAAGCACCAUCACUUGGUGGCUGUGAAACUGAUCGGUCAUUUUCUGAGUAUUCCGAUGACAGAAAAGUGGAUUCUGUUGUUCCAAGCACAUUUGAUGUUCCUAUGACAAAAGAGACUACACCAAAGGAGGAAUCUAAAGCAGGACACAGUGAUCUCUCCAAGUUAUCUAAUCCUCGGAUGAUGUUUAAACUUGGUGGCAACUCAACUCAUUUAAUAACUCCUGCAGAAAUUUUAUCGGGUGCUAUACCUUCUUCAGAAGGCAGCCGAGCCAAUCAAAGAAUAAUUGAGGAUGUUAAGCUUCAAAAUAUCACCACUGGUGACAACAUCGACGGUUCUGAUCUGGAAGUAAAAGUAGUGGGUGAGGCCCGUGAGGGUAGAUCAGGUCAGCAGGAACUUGAUUCUCAGAAAGUGCCUCCAGAUUAUCCUGAUGAGAACAAGGAGAUAUCCCCUGAGACUUCAUUGGCUGACUUUGAGGUGGACAAUGAGUGUUCUAUCUUAACAGAAAAUUCAUUUGAGGAAGAAAGUCACCCAGGUGAGGACACUGCUAUUCCUGGGUCAAAGAAACAUCUGCCAAGUACUGUUGAGGAAGUUCCUGAUGACACAAAAGAUACAACAGAAGAGGUGACAGGAUCUGCUGUUACUGCAGCAUCUCAAUCUCUUGCAGCUGACAAAGGGAAGAAACAGAAAGAAAAUAAACACCAAAUGUUAAGCCCUUCAUCACCUUCCUCAAGCCCUUUCAAUUCUACUGAUGCUUUGAAUGAACCAGGGAGCAGUGCAAAUGUCCCUUCAGCUGAUGCUACUUUCCCUCAAAUGCCUGCUAUGCGGGAAAUGCUGAACCAGAUUAUGAGUAUGCAAAAGGAAAUGCAAAAGCAGAUGGGUGUGAUGGUGGCUGCACCAAUAGCAAAAGAAGGUAAAAGGGUGGAGACUAUGUUAAGUAGGAGCAUGGAGAAGAUCAUCAAGGCCAAUGCAGAUGCUUUGUGGGCCCGCAUCCAAGAAGAAAAUGCAAAACAUGAGAAGUUUGAGAAGGAGCGUAUGCAGCAGAUGACAAAUCUAAUAACCAACUAUGUGAAUAAGGACUUGCCAACCAUUUUAGAAAAGGCACUAAAGAAAGAACUGUCUGCGAUAGGGUCCACUGUAGCUCGUGCAAUUACGCCUGUUAUUUCUACAACUAUCGCAGAGUCAUUUCAGAGAGGAGUUGGUGAUAAGACAGUGAACCAGCUAGAGAAGUCUAUGAGUUCUAAACUUGAAACUGCAGUUGCAAGACAAAUCCAAACGCAGUUCCAAACUACUGGGAAGCAAGUUCUUCAGGAUUCCCUGAGAUCUUGUUUGGAAUCAUCAGUGGUUCCAGCAUUUGAUAACUCUUGUAAAGUGAUGUUUGAGCAAGUGGAAAAUGCAUUCCAGAAAGGAAUGAGUGAACACACUGCUUCUGCUCAGCAGCAGCUUGAGGCGGCAAAUACUCCAUUAGCACUUACUUUGAGGGAAGCGAUCAACUCUGCUUCAUCAAUCACCCAAAAUCUCACCACUGAAUUAAUUGAUGGCCAGCGCAAGCUUUUGGCUCUUGUUGCUGCAGGAAACACAAAGGCACUGAGCCCUCUUGCUAUGCAGCAAUCAAAUGGCUCGACACCUGGCCUUCCUGAGAUUGUUGGGGCACCUGUAGAUCCAACAAAGGAGCUCUCAAGAUUAAUAUCGGAGCGGAAGUACGAGGAAGCAUUCACAAUGGCACUUCAAAGAAGUGAUGUCUCCAUUGUGUCUUGGCUGUGCACACAGGUUGAUCUGCGGGCAAUUUGCUCUACGGUGCCGCUUCCCUUGAGUCAAGGCGUCCUCCUGGCACUUCUGCAGCAACUUGCAUGCGACUUGAAUAACGAAACAUCAAGAAAAGUUGGCUGGAUGACUGAUGUUGCCGUAGCAAUCAACCCGACCGACCCCAUGAUCACGAUGCACGUAAGGCCAAUCUUUGAGCAAGUCUAUAGCAUGUUGGGCCACCAAAGAGCGCUUCCGACGACUGCUGCCUCUGAAACAACCAACAUACGCCUAUUGAUGCAUGUGAUAAAUUCUGUGCUUAUGACCUGCAAGUGAUCGACUCGUGGUUGGGCAGCAGAGCAUGUGUAUAGAACAAAACGAGUUGAUGUUAGAGAGAAGAGGGAGACUGGAAAUCCCAUUAAGAGUUAUGUAAAUUAGGAAUGAUUCCUGAAUGGCUGUGUUUCUUCUGCUUCUUUAUUAGGUUUUGAUUGAACAAUUGUAAUUCUAGAUGUUUGAUCAUGUACUUCGAGUUCAAUUCUUAUGUGGGUUUUAUUGUGAUAA